AUGCUAUCAGAUGUUGAUCAGAAUCAUUAUAAUUAUCAUGCCUUUCAACUGGCCACCACUGGGGUUGCUACGUGCUUUGCAGUGGUUGUGUUUUUAAACAAAAACGGACAAAAUUUGAUAUAUAUUGCUCAUUUUAGCAACUUUUUUUCCAUCGUAUCACCAUCACCGCAAGAUUCGAAGUUGGAAACAAAAGAUGCACUUGAUUGUUUGAUUAAACGUAUUUAUGAGAACGCAUCAUCCGAACACACUGUUCAAUUUAUACAUGUUCUUUUCAUUGGAAGUGAUCAAAAUAGCGGUUCUUAUAUCGCAGAAGCACUAAAAAUGUUAAUAUUAGAUGCAAGAAACUAUUUAUUAUCUCCGGCACUGGCAAACUUUUUAACAAAUAUUACAGUCGUCAUGAUGGGUAUUAAUUUUAUGGACGGAAAACAAACACCAGAAACAGUAACUGAAUGCAAAAUAGUUGCUCGUAGUGUACCAACGCUCACUGUGAUAGUUCAAGUUGUAUCGCCCUUCUCCGCUCCACUCUGUUUGAUUCGUAUUGAUCUUUCAGUAAUGACCAUCGAUACCAUCAUGUCUUCUCCAAUGAAUCAAUUUGGUUAA